UUGACUGACUGUGUGUAACAUAAAGUUUGUUUUCAUUUCUUCAUAAUAUUAUUUUAUACGUAUUAUAAUAAGAGAAAAUUGCUUUAAAAUGAAAGACGGAAGAGCACGAAGACUUUAAUGUAUUACUGCUAGUAUCUAGAAUUAAAAACACAAAAUUAUAAUUACCAAUUACGAUGGACUUCUCCAAAAUAUGUCGUAUUUGUCUGGAUUCAUCCAAACAAACAGUUGAUCUUUUUACUAGUUUUUCUAGUAAAAGGAACACUUUUUAUAGUGAUAUGCUAUCUGAAUGUACUACAUUAAAGCCUCACGAAAAAGAUGGAUUACCCCGACAAAUAUGUAAAGAAUGUAGCAGGCAGCUGAAAAGAUCGUAUGCAUUCAAUAAACAAUGUGAGGACAGUGAGAAAGAAUUAAAAAUUCAUAUAUUAUCAAAAAAAGAUAGUGCUCAGAAAUUUUUGCCAAAUAAUACUGAUGAAACAGAUGGCAACGCAUUGAAAGAUGAAGAAAUAAAGAUUGAGGUGAAAUUUGAAUUGACCGAACUUAACAGUGACAUUGCAAACACUAAUAAAUCUAAUGUGAAUAAGGAUGACAAUAAUGAUGUUAAAACAGAACCAGAUUUUAAUCAUGUCAAUGAUAGUUGCUGGGAUGCAGAUGAUGAUACUCUACUGCAGGAAUUAAGACAGAGUCCUGAUACUGGAGAACAAGAGCAGAACUGUGAGAAAGAAGUAGAGAAACCUAAAAAGAAAAGAGGAAGGAAGAAAAAAGAUGCGGAGAGUAUAUCAGAUGCUCGGAAACCACACCAAUGCGACAUCUGCGGAAAGUUCCUCAGCACGAAGAGUAAUCUUAAGGCUCACAAGAUCUGCCAUACGGACAUGAGGCCGUAUAAAUGCACAGAAUGUCCCGCAACAUUUAGAGGACACAGUGCUUUGUUUCAACAUAAAAAAGUACACAGCGGUGAUACACCUUAUCACUGUGAGUUCUGCUCGAAGAGAUUCAGCCGUCGGACGGGGCUCAUCAACCAUGUACGGAUACAUACAGGUGAAAAACAAUAUAGUUGUGAUAUAUGCUUCAAAAGUUUCAUUCAGAGCGCGCAACUGUCCAUACAUAUGAAACGGCACAAUGGUGAUAAACCAUUCCUUUGUCAGGACUGUGGAAAAGGUUUCCCGAUAAAAGCCGAUUUAAUGGUGCACCAACGCAUCCAUAAUGGUGAGAAACCAUAUUCAUGUAACCUCUGCACCAAGACAUUUGCCACCUCCGGCAAUCUGUCUAUUCAUAAGCGGAUUCAUAACAAGGAAAUUAGAUACAAUUGUAAAGAAUGUAAUCGUGGUUUCGUUACAUGCAGUGCAUACAGUGUUCACUUGAAACGUCAUAAAGGCCAGAGGGACUACUCAUGCGAGUGUGGCAAAUCAUUUUAUACAUCAUCCGCUCUCAAACAACAUAAGACUGUCCACACAGGCGAGAAGAAGUACCAGUGUAAAAUAUGUGAACGGAAAUUCUCACAGUGUAGUCAUUUAAGCCGCCAUUUUAAAAGGGACCAUUUGAAAGCGAAUGCUCCUGUGCCUUCGUCAGAUCAUUAUAAAGUGGUAUUAGACAACGGUAGUAAUAAAUUUUGGACUGUAGUCGAUAAUAAUAUCCAAAAGAUCUCAGAAAACGAUAAUGUAAACAUUGAGGAUAAAUUAACUCAUGCUCACAUUUUGAAUGUAACAGAGAAAUGUAAUGGGUCCUAGUGAUGUGCCAUGUAUUUUAGUUUACGAUUCGAUACCGUAUAUUGUGUAGGGUCCUAAUUAAAAUAUCUACCUCAAUAAAAAUUAAGUACAGUUCGAAUAUGUAACACAUACUCGUAGACUUUAAUACCUGAUCUAUUUUAUACAACAAAAUUAUUAUCUUCAUAUAAUAUGAUCAGGUAACCCAUAUUCAAAUUAAAUAUAUUACAAAUUCAGGUUGCCUUUACAGCAAUUUUUAAGACUUAUCUAAUGCUAUUUUAUACAUGUAUUUGUGAUUAAUUUACUCAAAAUGAAAUAUCUCAUUUUUAGUUUUUUUUAUGAAAUGUUUUAUUCAUUUAUUUGUAAAAUCUUUUUUCUUUUAUUCAGUAUGAGAUUUAUCUAUGUUAGUUUUAUUGCCUAAUUUAACACU